AUGCAAUGCCGGGGCGGCACGGAUGAUCACAUCCACGUGGUGAAGGAGCCCAAGACCUGGGAGGGCGCUCUGGACCACUGCGACAGGGAGUACGGGGGUCUGCUGCGUGUCGAGUCCCCCCAGGACCAGCGCAUUGUGGAGGCGGCGCUGAAGAGGAGCAACGUGUCGGGGCCCGUGUGGCUGGGCCUGAGGCAGAGCCGUCUCUUUGGGUUCUGGAUCUGGCCCAACGGGGCCAACGUGGAGUGGAGCAACUGGGAGGGAGGGAGCCAACCGGAGAAGCCCCUGUCCCACAUCUGCGGCGCCAUGGCAACCAGCGGCCCGGGGAAGUUCAAGUGGAGCGACCGGGACUGCCUCUCCAAAAGCUACUUCCUGUGUGAGGGGGAGGAACGUCAAGCUGUGUGA